CGGAAGCACCUUUCCACUUUGUUUGGUCGCACGCAAGAGAACCACGAUGGUUGUGUAUUGUUGGGUUUAAGGGUGUAAAAACAAAGGCAAUAUUGCAGUAAAGAAGUUUUUAUUACGUGCCGAGAAUCAGAAGAAGUGAAGGUAAACCUGCAGACUUGUAUAACAGAUCCAGCACAGAUUGGGCCCCUACCGGGAGGCUGACCCGGGACGCUGGCUCACACAGCAACUCCCUCAGAAACGGACCGCAAACCAAGACUCUAUGAAACUAAUGUGAAAAGGAGACAUGCUCGUGCCUCUCCUGUCCGGUUCCUGUGGGGAUCCGCAUGGAAAGAGAUCUGUUUGUUGGAACACAGGGUUUUUAUUCAAACAGUGACAUCACGAGAAAUCUGCUCCUUCUGUUCCUGGCUGUGCUGGACGUAGGUUGCUUUAUUUAUUUAUUUUGAGAAUUCCAGAAAAGGUCAAACUGGCCUUUAAAUGUUAUCCAUGGCUGGAACCAACAACAUAUUUGAUCUAUUUAUUGAUGUUGUGCUUUAAUAUCUGCAUUAUUUCUGUUUCUCUAUUGAUAAUAGCAUUAUGCUCUCUUCCUUCUUAUUACAACAGAUAUGAAAGGGUAAAGGACCGGUGUCACAAGGACAAGUACAACACAGCCAGAACCUUGCUGGAUCUUCACCAUGUGCAAGAACCAGAAAUCAUUUCAUUGCUUGACCUACCAUGCAACUGUCUAUUAGGAGCAAUACCACAAAGUUAUGACAUAUGCUGUUGUAGAUGCCGAUUUCUGACAUAUCAGUCUACAACUGUUGUACAUUUAAUGCAGCUUGUCACGCUGUUUGGGAUUAGAAAAUAAAGCCUUACAUGUGUUACAUUCUGCUCUAUUAGAAUAAUACCUCCAACAACAGAGCAUUUUAAUGCUGAAUGUUAAUAAACUGUUUCUAUCUCAUAUUACUGAAGUACUCAUUGUAUUCAAUAUGUCAGUCCUGAAAGCAGGGUCAGGCUAGGAGUAUAUAACUUGAUGUAGUUCAGUAAAAAACAUUUAAACGCCUUCAGCAUAAUUUAUUUGUAUGUCAUAACAAACAUAAAACGCUGUCAAUCUCACACAAAGAAAAUGUUAUAAAAUUAGCAAAAUUUCCCUCAUCCUGUCCACAUCUUAGUGGAAAGCUUCAUUAAGGAUCCUGCUCAGAACCCAGCAGAAGCUCACGGUAAGAGUUCUUUGCUCUGACGGGCAGAGCUCAGUCCUGAAGGGAAUCCAACAGAAGAAGAGAAGGACCUUCUCAGGUUCGGUCAAUCCAGACCCUCUGGUUCUUGUUGGUGCAACAGCCAGUGAGCCUACACACACACACACACACACUGAACUAAAGUCCAGAUCAACAUACCUCCACCACCAACGCAGGAUCACUGACGCCGUGGAUUCCUACUUGGCAAGGUUAGGGUUAGGGCAAGGUUCAAUUCUGCACUUUCUGGGUUUGUAUUAUAAAUAAUAUCUUUGACUUGAUACCAACAGCAAUUAGAUCACAUUUACAUCACUAUUCGUUCAAAAGUAGCAAAUGUUAGCAUUUAACUGAACCAGUAGAGCUUCAGCUAUAUUUUGGUGUUAGUUGUACGUCUCAAGCUUUAUGGUGGCCCUGACGUUGCCGGUUCGAGCCCCAGCUAUGUCCACGUUCAGAGUCGUUUUUUCUGCUGUUCAAUCAGUUUGAUCUACAGAGGGAAAAGGUAUUCCAGAUUUACAGUUUAAUUGUGUGAAAAAGAGACUAUAGACCAGUGAUUUUGAAAGUCCAGGGCACGUUUCGGUACAAAUUUAUCCGGGUAUUUUCACUUUCCCUUAUUUUCAAAGGUAAAAGAUCCUUAUCUAAGGGAGGUCUUUCCAGUUUCCCCAGGAUUGUUGAAGUGGCGGGUUGUGUGCAGCAGGGCAUGGCACCACUACCAGCAGUAAUGGUGGCAGUGAGUAUUCAAAUGUAUUGUUUUUAUACCAUUCAUUUGUUACAAAAGUAGUUUUAACAUGUUUUUAAGCGAGAAAGUACACCUCAAAACUUCAUCCGUGCAGUUAGUUCAUCAGUUCACCACUUCGUUACAGUUCUGUAAGACAAAUAUUUUAAUGCAGUACUGAUGGUCAGAGCAAUUUAAGUUUUCCAUGUACAUAAAAAACACACAUUUCUCUAAGGUAUUAAGGUUUUAAUUCAUAUGCUUCUGGACUGAUCAGCUGUUUCUUUAAUCUAGCAAAUACAAUUUUUACUAAAACAUUGUUCUGUUUGUGCUGUAGUUAUCUAACAUGAGAUUAUCUGAAGAUAAUAAAAGAAAAAUAAGUGUGUUCAUCAGUAUUUAAUAGUUAUUGGAAAUAAAUCAUGCAGUUGCAAAGCAACAACUCUGGCCUGAUGCAGGUUGGUAAACAAAUGUGAAAUAAUGAUUUAAACGUUUCCUUCUUAUGGAUCCAGAGCAACUUAAAGAAUAAUAGAAGGAAGUAAUUACCUGUGUAACUCUAAUGCUGCUAAUCAUCUUUUAUUUGAAAGUUGAAACAACAAAAUAUUUAUUAGCCAACAGUGUUUUAAACUGAGUGAAGAACUAAUGCCAUCUGCUGGAAUGAAGGUGUAUUGCAGUUCUCUUCUCAACUUCCCCAUACGUCAUCAGGCUGAUUUAAAUAAAUGGUCAUUGGCCUUUCUUGGCAAUUGAAACAGAACAUACACAAUUCCCUGACUUUUUAUUUUUAUCUUUGGUUUGUAGGAUAGUUUUAGAUCGAUCCUGUCCUACACACCCCGGUACGGUAGGGGGCGGUGUGCACCUAAGCUCGGCAUUCUAACCCUCCAUUAAACACAAAGAAGAUGCUAAGCAAAAAGAUGGAGGAGCGUCGUCCUUCGUGUUUUCUUGGGUUUUUGUUGACGGAGCAGCAGCGGGAGAGUUAAUAAAGCUGUAAGAUAGAAACAGCAGCAGUUGAUGAACUCUGGAAAGAAGAGAAACGGUUUGAAGCUCAGCAGGAACUGCUCAGUAACGGUUGAAGGAAAGUUUGGAGAGAGAAAAGCUACCAGAGAUGUGGAGACAGCAGGUCAAACAGCGACUGGAUGCAGCAGAGGAGCAGGAGGCUGAUUAUAAUCCGUUAGAUCGGCUGCACAGACUGGUGUUCCCUGAAGAUGUUCAGCAGAGACUGCUGGUUAAAGAAGAAGCUCCUGAAGAACCUGAUGUCUACCAGCAGGACCCACAGACUGUCCGCAUAAAGGAGGAACAGGAGGAGCUCUGGAUCGGUCCAGAGGGAGGGCACCUAGAUGCGAACGACGACACUGAUGCCGCCAAGUUUCCAGUCAUUAAAGUUAUUGUUAAGAGUGAGGAUGAGGAAGAUGAACCUCUGUUCUCACAACUUCAUCACGACCAAACAGAAGACGAAGAUCUUCCGAGCAGCAGCUCAGCUGAGCAGAUGAAGGCGGAGACUGAUGAAGAGGACUGUGGAGGAGUUGAAUCCAGCAGGUACCCAGAUCUAAACACUCACAGGGACUCCUCCAACUCUCCAGAGACUGAAAUCAGUGAUGAAGAGGAUGAUGGUGUGAAGCGUCUUGACUCACAGCUGAACCCGCUGUCAGAUCAUGGCUCUGAAACCGCAGACGUGAUGAGUGACUGGAAGGAGAGCAGCGCUCCUGGGUCGGGUGGAACCGCCGCCAGGCUAAAGUGUUUCGUCUGUGAUGACUGUGGUAAAACCUUUAAGAAGAGACAUCAUCUGAACGAGCACAUCAGAAGCCACACAGGAGAGAGGCCGUUCGGCUGUGACGUUUGUGGCCAGAGGUUCAGCCUGAAGAAAUGUUUAAACGUCCACGUGAGGAACCACUCAGGAGAGAAACCGUUUUGUUGUGAUGUUUGUGGACAGAGGUUCAGCCUGAAGAGGACGUUGCACGACCACCUGAGGAUCCACACCGGGGAGAAACCGUUUAGUUGUGAUGUUUGUGGCCAGAGCUUCACCAUGAAGAAGACUUUAAAUGAUCACCAGAGAAUCCACACAGGACAGAGACCUUUCAACUGCGAUGUCUGUGGGCAAACAUUCAGCCUGAGGUCCACCUUAAACAGACACAUCCAGAUUCACACGGGACAGAAAUUAUUCCGCUGUGACCUUUGUGGACAAAGAUUUAGACAGAAGUCCACUUUAAACCGACACGUGACCAUCCACGCGGGACAGGAGACCUUUCCUUGUGAGGUUUGUGAACAAAAGUUUGAGCGAAAGACUCAUUUAAACAUACACAUGAGAGUCCACGCAGGACAGCAGCCGUUCUGCUGCGACGUCUGUGGACAAAGGUUUGACCGAAAGUCCAAUUUAAACAUACAUGUCAGAAUCCACACGGGACAGAAGCCACAUUGUUGUGGUUUUUGUGGACAAAGUUUUGGCAGGAAGUCCAAUUUAAACAGACACAUGAGAAUCCACACAGGAGAGAAAUCGUUUUGUUGUGAGUUUUGCGAGCAAAGGUUCAGCCUGAAGACGAGUUUGAACGAUCACCUGAGAAUCCACACGGGGGAGAAGCCGUUCUUCUGUGAUGUUUGUGGGCAGAGAUUUCGCCAGAAGUCGACUUUAAAUAUUCACAUGAAAAUCCACACCAGACAGAAAUAACGUUCUGCUUGUGGUCCAACAUCUGGCUGUAGGACCCAGAGGCAACAGCCAGACGUUCCUGGGAAGUCACCAUAACUCCAGUUAUUCUGGCUGGUGGUGAAACCUACAACAGCCACAUGAUUUGUUGCAUCCAUUCUUUAUUAUCUAGCUGUAAAAAUAAUAUUUGUAUUUAUAUGUUCUAAUAUAAUUAUGACGCUGUUGAGAACCAUUGUGAAGAACCGCCUCAGUUCCCUCCGUGGUUUCUAACAGGUCGGAGUUGCUCUGUUGUCUGAUGUUUGUGUGGGAAUGAACCCUGAUUAUCUCCAGGUUCUCCUGGUUUCCAUAAGAUGGAUUCCUUGGUUUCAGCAGAUCUUCAUUCAUUUGCCUUUGAAAGCUCUGAUGUCUCCCAGCAGUCCGUCUUCUCUGCAGAAAGAGAAAAAGCUUCAACUAUGAAUGUGAUGAUGUGUGAAGGAAUGUUUGGUGCAUAAAACGGGUCUGCCAACGUUUAACCAAAGUAGAGCAAUUUAUUACAUCCAAGUAAAACUAAUAUUGUUUGAAAAGAAGUGUUUGUUCUCUCUCUGUUAUCAGAUUAAAGUAUUAAAUAUUAAAGGACCUGAAAUAAAAUGGAGCAAAAUAAAUAAA